GAACCCAUGUUGCCAAAUAUGAGUGAUGGUCAUUUUCUCAUUCAACUCGAAGUUGACUACCAGAGCCAUUCCUCAACAAGCGUCUUCCCGACAUGGCUGCGACCACUCAACGCGUAACCAUCAUGCCAAGUGCACUUGAUGCAGUCGCUCCUGCCACCGCCACACCCAUCAACCACGAAGCUUUCCCCGUUCUCUGCCAGAUCUGCAUGGACACUGCAGCCUCCGUCUUCCAACUGUGCGGCGUCGACUGUCUGGCCGAGGUCUGUAGCCAAUGCCUCGUGCGCUAUCUCACUACCAGCGUCUACUCCUUCUACCCGGGCAUUCUACCCAAAGUCCGUUGCCCAGUGUGUCUCACUCUGCUUAAUAAAAACCAAUGGGAACAGUUCGUCCAACCUCCAACGCUAGAGCUACACGACACUCGAGAACCCGAACAGGAACAAACACAAGAGGAGCAACAGCAACAGCAAGAUGACAACAGACACGUACUGGAGAAAUACGUGAUGCUUUGUCGUCAAAGCUGCGGUUUCCAGAGUCCAUGCUGCCAUCUUUCAAGCUACACGAUGCUACCGGAACGAUAUGCAGAGACGGAGGUUGGAGACGACGAAGAUGCCCAAUUAGAGCUGCCUGUUGAGCAGGUUGAAGCUCUAAGCGAGUUGUAUCAACGCGGUGUAGAGUACUGCUACCAUCGUCAAGAUGCGACGGAAUUUUACAGGUUUUUAACAGAAAAGUUUAAGAAAAAUAGUGAGCAGGUACUGUGGAGACUGCUACCCAAUAUUGUGGACGAAGAGCGACGUGCAGCACUGCUACUGCGUCAUUUGAACAAGAACCCAGACACGCGUACAAUAUGCUGUGGCGUUGCUGUUUGCUUCAAGUGCAAGGCCACGAACCACCAUGAUGGAGACUGUCGGGACUUUAUUGAGGAGGAAAACGUCGUGGAAUGCCGCGGCUGUAGCGUCACAGUCGUCAUGGUGGACGGAUGUGACUCGCUUAACUGCCUUUGUGGGCAUUCAUUCUCGUGGUCCGAGGAGGUGGCUCGUCAACGUGCACAACGCAAGCUCCUUGCACCCGUAGAAAACGAUGAGUACGACAAGUGGUACCUCUGGCACUACAGAAUGAGUGAAGCGCUACAAAAGGUGACAAAUCUGUCGGCUACGCAGCGCGAGAUGCGACUGGACAGACUCGUACGUGAUCAUCGGCCACUAUUGCGUCGAGUGCUGCUCCGUCGAGUAUACCGCCGCCGACUGAGCAAGAAAGAUCCUGAAAGUGUCGAGGAGGCAGCGAUUAAGCUCAAAUCGAUGGCGGAGAGCCCACUGACGCCCGAGUCUCCGCUGCUUUCUCGCAGUGCGUCUAUGCCAUGAUCGUUAAAUGACACAAAAGAAUUUUAUGGUAGUAAAGCUAAGUUUGAAAAUAAUGCUACUCGUACAGUAAAAAAAAACACUAUUGCCUAUUGUUUAAUAAUAAUGAGGUGGUGUGGGUGAGGCUUCUCUCGCUCUAUGUCGACAACGA